UUCAGCAUGCCGGAUGUGAGGUUUGUUUUGCAAUUGUGCACAAGUAAUCUAAGAUUGCAUGUUGCAGGGAUUGACCUUGAGACGAGUUAAGCGUUCCAUUUUACAUGUAGUUCUUACAUUACACUGGUGUAUAGAGAUUGUAACGGGCGGAUUUUGACGGUCUUAACCAGGGAGAAAAAAUGGCCAAGAUCGUGCACAGUCUCGUCGAGUUUUUUUCUACUGUCGGUCUGCCGACUGUUUUGAUAUUCGUGGCAGUGCUGUUGUUAAGUCUGUGGAUGCUGUCGUCGAAGAAUCCUCGGGUGAACUGGCCGCCCGGACCUGUCUGUUUCCCCGUGGUGGGAUGUCUCCCACAGAUGAUGAUUAGCGGUAGGAGACGACAACCGACAGACCUUCUUCCAUGGUAUGAUACAUACGGGGAUAUCAUACACGUCAAAUUUGGUGAGCAACACGCGAUAUUGUUGGGAACUCAUGAGCUGAUACAAGAGGCUUUCGUGAAGAAUGCGGCCACAGUCAGCGAUAGACCUACUUGGAUAUAUUUCAUAAGACAAAUAGUUGGAAAGGACGGAGCUGGAGUUAUAUUUAAAUCUGGACACGAAUGGAAAGAGCUGAGGAGAUUCACGCUCUCGUCUCUUCGAGAUCUCGGCCUCGGGAGGAAAAGUUUACAAGAAAGAAUUCAGGAUGAGGCAAGGUACUUGGUGCAAAACAUUGAAGAUGAAAAUGGAAAGGCCUUCUCUCCCAGAGACAGGGUUGGAAAAGCUGUCAGCAACAUUAUUGCAACCAUUGUGUUUGGAGUCAGACAUGACUAUAAUGACACUCCAGAAUUGCUGCCAGUUUUGGAGCAGGCGUUGAGAGCUGGCGAAGGGAUAGAGUUGUUUACUAACUUGGCUCGCUUUUUGAUGCCGAUGAAGAAGAUAAUGGCCCUCGUGGACAGACUGUAUAGUUUGAUAAGACAGGAAGUCGACCGACACCGCCAGUCCUUUGAUCCAACUGACAUCCGGGACUUCAUUGACCUCUUCAUAAAGGUCACCCAAGAAGAGCAAGAUCCUGAGAUCUACGCGGAAUGGAACGUAUUCCGCAUCAUCGUAGAUUUAUAUUUGGCUGGAACUGACACAACCGCAAAUACUUUGAGAUGGUCCCUCAUACAUAUGGUUAAUCAACUGGACGUUCAGAAGAGGGUGCAGCAGGAAAUUGAUCAGGUCAUAGGUCAAGGUCGUGUUGCCAAGAUGGAGGACAAGGCUGAAAUGCCGUUCACUGAAGCAACCAUUUUGGAAGUCCUUCGUAUUUCCCCUGUUGUCCCUCUUGGAGUUCCCCAUGCUACCAGUGAAACUAUAAAUUUAGACGGAUACACCAUUCCCAAGGGGACCAUGAUACUGGGAGACUUGUACCGGGUUCUCCACGAUAAGAAUAACUUCGAGGAUCCUUACAAGUUCAAACCAGAAAGAUGGCUGGAUGACAAUAGUAAAGUGAUCAAGUCGGACAAACUGAUACCGUUUUCCAUAGGACCCCGUGCUUGCCUGGGCAAGGGACUGGCUGAAAUGGAGUUGUUCAUUUUCCUCACCACGAUGCUUCAGAAUUUUACCUUCAAGGUACCAGAGGGCGAGAAACCACCCGAUGGAGUGGAGGGUUUUAACGCGUCCACUUUCACACCAUACGACUACAACGUGUGCGCAGUGAGACGCUAAAAUGCGGUCCGAAACGUCAAGCUCCGAUUUCUUUAUUAAUAACUGGUUUAU